AUGGCCGCCGAACAACGAAAGCUGCUCGAGCAGCUCAUGGGCGGAUCCGCUUCUUCCCGCUCCACACAGCUGUCGCUCACCGACCCCAAAGUCUGCCGCUCCUACCUGGUUGGCACAUGCCCACACGACCUUUUCACGAACACGAAGCAAGACCUCGGGCCUUGCCCCAAAGUCCACGCCGAAGGCCUCAAAACAGAGUACGAAAAUCUACCCGCGCGCGAGAAGCAACGGCAUGGCUUUGAGUACGACUACAUGCGCGACCUGCAACGCUACAUUGACGAGUGCAACCGACGAAUCGAGUCUGCGCAGAGGCGGCUGGAGAAGACACCCGACGAAAUCAGGCAGACAAAUGUGCUGCUCAAGAGUAUCUCGGAGCUGACGAGCUCCGUUCAGAAUGGAUUACUGGAGGUGGAGAUUCUGGGCUCCAUGGGCGAAGUUUCGCGUGCGCAGGACGAGCUCUUCCGCGUGCGGCAGGCGACCGUGACCAAAUCAGAGAGGGAGCGCGAGCUGAAAGCGCUAUCUGAUACCUCUGGCCCCUCGGGACACCAGAAGCUUCAAGUGUGCGACGUCUGCGGCGCCUAUCUGAGUCGUCUGGACAAUGACCGUAGGCUGGCUGACCACUUUUACGGCAAAAUGCACUUGGGCUACGCGCAGAUGCGCAAAACAUACGACGCUUUUCCGAAGGAGAUGAAAGGGAGAGGCCCGAGGGGCGGCGGUGGCGGUGGCAUGGACGACGACGGACCAAGAGGGCCUAGGGGACCUGGAGGAUUUAGGGGCGGUCGUGGUGGCCGUGGAUACCGUGGAGGAGGCUGGUAG